UUUCCUCCUCAUUUGUAUAAGUAAGAAAACACAAGCGGCAUCAAUUAUUAAGAGGUGAAAAGGCUAUGCAAGAUGAAAAAUCUUCCUUUCUCAUCCUUAAUUGGAUACAAAUGUAUAUUACUAAAAUUGGAAAAAAAUCCAUCUAUACCAUAUUCUGCAUCUUUUCUUCUUGGUAAGAUGAUUGCCAUAUACACUCCUAAUUGCAUUUACAUUUAUUUUUCCCAGAUACAAAUCACAGAUUUGAUUCCAUAUUAACAUAGCAUGCCAUAUAUAUUGGUUUCUAAUGCUAUAAACAUUCAUCAGUCAACUUUUAUUUGUUUCUGACAAAAUUUCCCUUCUCAAAGAUCAGAAAAACUUUUCAGCCUUUUUUUUUUUUUUAAUUCGAUGGAUACUCGGAAUCAUACAAAGACCAAGCUUGGAUACUGCAUAUUUGUCUUUGUAGCUCUCUAUCACAUGUUUAGCCAUGUUCACGUUCAAGUUGAUGGAAGGUCCAUCUCCUCUGUUAGAAACAUGGAGUUGGCUAAGCAUGAAGGAGCAAUAAAAACAAUACAGAGUGAAGACGGUGAUGUAAUUGACUGCGUUGAUAUCUACAAACAACCUGCUUUUAAUCAUCCUCUUCUCAAGAAUCACACCGUACAGAUGAAACCAAGUUCAUAUCCGAGAGGAAUGGAAACAGAACAAUUCGAAUCAGAGCUCCUUCAAGGUUGGCAUAAGAAUGGACAAUGCCCUGAAGGAACGAUCCCCAUUGUUAGAGCACAAAUACACAACUCUACUCGGACUAUGGCAUUUGUUCCUCGAAGGAAAAACCUUGACCAAGUUGCAAGUGAAGCUGUCAGAAAUCAUGAGUACGCUCAAGUUUCUGCUGUUAAUGGUAACUAUUUUGGAGCAAGUGCAAUGCUUAACGUAUGGAAUCCGCCAACAUUUGAUAACGAGUUCAGCUUAGCACAAAUCUGGCUUUUGUCAGGGCCUCAAGAUGAAUUGAACUCUAUGGAGGCUGGAUGGAUCGUUAGCCAAGUCGAUAAACGAACAAAAUUAUUCAUAUACUGGACUAGCGAUGACUAUCAAAGCACCGGUUGCUAUAAUCUUGAUUGUCCUGGAUUUGUGCAAACCGACAAGAAGUUUGGCCUUGGUGGAAAUCUAGAACCUGUUUCCACUUAUGGGGGCAAGCAAUAUGAGAUGAGCAUAACUAUACAUAAGGACAAGCAAAGUGGAAACUGGUGGUUGAGGAUACAGAACGUAGAUUUAGGAUACUGGCCAGGCUCCAUCUUCACAGGGUUAUCUGACAGGGCAGAUUUUAUAACUUGGGGCGGAGAGAUUGUCAAUUCAGAAUUAGAAGGGCGCCACACCUCUACUCAGAUGGGGAGUGGCCAUUUUCCCAGUGAAGACUUUGGAAAAGCAAGUUUUUUCCGAAAUCUUGGGUAUAUUGAUGACUCUGGAGCUGUGAGAGAUCCUGAAAAUCUUGUGCCAUAUGCGUCAAAUCCUUCAUGCUAUGAUUUACAUAUACCAACCAAGAACGACUUCGGAACCCAUUUCUAUUUUGGUGGCCCUGGAUAUUCAGAUAAAUGCCAGUAGAGCCAUUACAAAGCAACAAAAUUUGAUAUUUACUUGCAACUUGCGCGACAAAGAUCUGGUAAUUUAUGAUAGUAUGAUAUUUUCCUUAGAGCCAAAUAAAGAAUGUAAUAAUUUUAAGUAAUAAAUCAAAGGUUGGGUGGAUGUUAUUUAG